CUUAAGCGUCCGAUCCGCUUUCAAACAGCAACAACAUCCAUUCUCAUUUAUGCACCUGCCCCCCACUGACAAGCCGCCACCAUGUCCGACCACUCAUACGGCCGUAACCGCGACUCAAUGGCCGACAUUGAGCUUAGCCUGAACAACGCCUUCGCCGAACACCCGAAAGCCACCAUUUCGGAAGAUGGCACCCCCAGCAUCCCGGCAGACGCGCUGGCCGACGUCUUUCGCUCGCUCGCCGCCACGUUCGGGGGAGUCGAGCUGAUGUCCGAAGAUGAGAUGCAGAUGCUGCAGGCGCUGGUGGUCGCGAACCCGGGGAUCGAGGUCACGCCCCAGCUCACACUCGGCUUCAUUGCGGCGAAGACAAAACACUCGACGCCCCCACAUACCCCCGACGCGCUCGACAACGACGAAGAAAUGCAGGUGGAAGACGAGCUCCGGGGGCGCGGCGAGGGACGAGAUUACGACGCGCGCUCGCGCUCGUCGAGUAGAGACUCUGUCGGCACGCACCGGAACCACAGCCGGCCCCCCUCGCGCGGCGGCCCACAAACCCCGGUGUCCGCCGCUUCCCCCUUCGACACCUCGCGGCGGCAGCGCUCAACCCCACUCGGUGGCACCGCACCCUCGAGCUGGGCUUCUCAGAAGCGUCCGCCCCAUCACCGGCGGAAGAGUGAUGCAGGAAGCAGAAGUGACUCGGAGUCUUCCGUCGGUCCCAGUGCCUAUGGCAACCGACCUGGGGGUAGAAGCCGAGCGCCCUCAAAUCCCACGUCGCCCUCGAUGGACUCGUCCUUUUCCAUCGGCUCGCCUCCCAUGGGUGCCCGUUCUCGGCCCCCCUCGCGCGGGGGCAAUCACCGGUUUGACGAUGCGGAUGAGUACGACUUCACUCUCCGCCAGGGCCUCAACUCGCUCCCCAUGCCCCAUGCCAAUGACGAUGGCUCGGACAGCGAUGACGAACAUGCAGGGGAUAUGGUCAUUCCGCGAUCGACGACCUCGAGCAACGUCAGCUUGAUGCCGGAUGAACAAAUGGAGGCUUUGCAGCGCGCCAACGCGGACCUCAUGCGCAAGCUUGCGGAAACGGAACGGCUGAUGCAGCGAAAGCUGGCAGAACACGAAGCUGAAUUUGAAGAUCUGCAGUUCACGCUCGAGGAAACACGCAACGAGCUGAGUGCAGCCAAGCGGGAGGAGAAGGAGCUCCGAGGAAAGGAGCGCUCCACCGCAGCGCAGAUAGCUGCCUUGGAAGCCGACGUGGUGAAAGUCUCGAAACAGCUGGAAACAUCCAAAGCAACCUACAAUAACCUGCACCGUCAGUAUGCUGACCAACUGGCGUCCACCCAAAAGUACCGCGAGGAUCUGCGUGAGCGAGAUGACGUCGCUCGGACUUUACGUGAACAGGCUGCGCUAUCAAACAUCGAGAUCCAGCGGUACAUCAAAGAGGCUGAAGCUUACGAGGACCGAAUCGCGCAUUUGGAGCAGGAGCUGGUUGUCGCGAACCAGGCCCACGUACAGCUAGAUGAACAGAAGCAGGAGAACAUGCUGCUGAAGGAGACGAUCGAUCGGAUGCGGUACGACUUAGACGAGAUGCGCAGCAACAGCGCGAUCCUCGGAGGAACGCCGAGCGGCCAGAGCAGCGCACCCAGCAGUAUUAGCAAGAGCCUCGGCGCCGAGUUGUUGGGCAAGAUGAAAGGCUGGGGCGGGAUGGACGGCGAGAGUGAGAACGAAGACGAUGAAGACGAUGAUUCGUCUACCCCGAAGGAGGAUGAAGACACUGAGGGCGAGGACGUGAUUCAGACGAUCAUCACGCGGAAGAAACGAAAGGUCACCAGCCGGGCGAACAAGAUCGAGACGCGGACGUUUGAAGAAGUGAAAGACUAUUCGGAUACGGGAACUCAAUAUGAACCAGAACUCUUCUUCGUGUCUGGAGGCUCACAGACUGAGAAAGUCUUGACUGCGUCCACGAUCAUCCAAACCGAGCCGACCGUGGAACAGCCGCCUGCACCGCCCGCUGAUACUGCGGAGAUGGAAAUCCAGACGGAGCCCGAGGAAGUCAAGGCUGCACCUGUCAUACCCGGGCCAAGCUCUGUACCGAUCGACGCGCCUCCUGCCUACAAGCAAGAGCUGUCCGCAGAGGAGCAGGCUGAGCACGACUGGCGUGUGACGGUCGCCACCCUGAAAAAGUACCACCCGGGAGCGCGCGUCGAGGAGGGUGUUCCGGGCGGCGUUUCUAUGGAUGCGCUGGAGGACUGGCGUGCGCUGAAAGAGGAGCUGGGUGUGUCGUGUAAGGUGGUGGACAAGAUCUUGGAGAACUCGCUGUCGACUGGACUGCCUCGUGUGCCGACGGAUGUGAACGCCCGCCGGCGGAGUGGCCGGUUCUACAACAUCUACAACACGUACGUUUACGGCGGAGGAUCGGCACACAGCAAUGCGAACCCGUUGCCUGCGAUUCCGUCGCCCUUCUUCUGGGUGGGCGGGACCGUGCUCGUGUUUCUGCUGAUCGGCCCGUCGUUGAUGAUCCCGCACUACAGUGUGCCGGGUGGGCCGACGCACUACGAUCGGGCGGUCUGGAAUAGCUUCAACACGAUGCACUAUUCUGGGGAGGGCUUCUCGAAUGACGGCGCUGACGCUGUCUGGAACUUCCUUGGCCGUGUCGGAGGCGGUGCCGUCCGACUCGCGCGAGGCUGGCCGUCCUGAACCGGCUGUACAUUCUUUCACGAUACCCCUUUCCACAUUCAUGUCCCUUUCCCUCUCCACCCAGCUCAUGCAUAUUGUCAUCAACACCCCUGAUUUAUACCUGCUCACCUUGCUUAUGACGACUGACGAUUCAUGCUGACGACCCCCAAUGUAACCUAACCCAUCCACCCGCUGUUGUGUUAUUGAUGUAUGGCUUAUGGUACCUAUACUUGUGCACCUGGACAAUCUCCAUAAUUACCGUACCUUCAUGUCGAUUAAUGCUCAUGUCCUUUUCACAGGUCAGGUCGCCUUCUGCCCACCCAGGCUUUGUAGAUAGUCUGUACAUAACAUAGGCACAAACAUCAGCACAUUCUUUACAAUGAAUACCGAUUUUCCUGUCGAAUUUGGCUGGGUGCGAAUGAUUAGUACAGGAGACUAUUGGCAAGAGCGGCGUAGGGACGACUGUUCAAACAGCCGAAAAUGAAACGCUAGCGAAGGGGCAAAAUGGACUAUACCGGAGUCGAACCGGUGACCUCCCGCAUGGACGCGUGCUAAGCGG